AUGUCCACUGAACGGAGUUCGGCAUUUGUCCGCGUUAGCGACCGUGUCGCUGUCAUCCGAUGUAAUAGCAACACACUCAAACGGAGAAUAGCACGCAGUAUGGAACGAGGCGGCCUAGGCUGGAGGGGCGAGUCAGCACGACAGAAACUUGCCGCAUCGCUCAUUACGCAUUAUGCGCAGAGUGAUAGUAGAGAAGAUGUCAAUAGAGAACGGGGAGGGAAACCGGAGCUUGAGUUGAAUGAGGUUUACGAAAGAACUGAUAGCAUGGAGCCUCUGAGACGUGAGAAGGGAGUGGAAGAAAAGAACAAGGAGAGCUAUGUAGGAUGGCACAUCCUGAAUAGCAGGGAGAUGAGAAAGAGAAGAUUAGAAGAGGUGCAGGAAAUGUAUUUGCGCGGGGACCGUUUUGCUACUAUUAUUGGUAGAGAACAAGAGCGAAUGCUACAGCAUGUGUUGAGAAGUUUCGCAGAUACCGAACAUGGGGAUGAAGGGAUGACGUUUUCAUCACACCACGCUACUAGCAACGAGCAAGUCAAAGUAUCAGCACCAUCAUCCAAUCCCGACUCGGAAGUCAACGAUCUAGUCUCCAACCACGCGCACUCGACAGCCGCUCUCCUCCGCAGUAACCCCGAAUUCAAUACUAUCAACGAUGUCAAUAUCACAAAAAACGAAUGCUCUUCGGAACCUUACCCCUCCUGCGCACCAACCUCCUCCCUCGCCCAACCUCCUGCUACAUGCCCACCACCAUCCCGCCGCCCCAUCACGCUCGCGCCCUCGACCGUGCAUUCAAAAUUCUCCGUAUGGCCCUCUGACCACACCAUCCCGUCUACAGUAGCGCCUUUGCAUACGAAUCAGCAUCGUGUGUCGCCCGCACUAAUUUCUUGUUCUUGCCCGUCCUUGUCUGCAUCGGCAUCGUCCCGGAGCCGCAGCCGGAGCGCGAGGCGGCGGGACCAACGGCACCGUCACGAGAACUUUGUCAAAGAGAAGGAAAGCGAGUGCGAAAAUAACGAUGACGAUGGCAUUCCCGGACGCAAUGACGAUAAUGUAGAGUUUCCACCCAACCACCCUUUUCACGGCCUGGAUGCACGCCAGAGACGAAGCUACUGGGACACGUUAUCUUGCUACCACUCUGGCUCGUCGCGCUCGGCUUCGAGGAAUUCUUCUUUGGUGGCAAAGCGCGGCACUGCUGCCCAGCCGAAUUCGCUUUCUUUUUCACCUGUGCGCAAGGGCUUGCUGGAUUCGCUGGCGCAUCCGCAUGGGGAAACAGCCACGUCAGGCAUUGAGAACGCGUUUAUUAGGAGCUUGAAUCCCGGAGAGAGAAGGUCGGCGCAGGACACCAUGGGUCGGAUGUCAGAAGCAACGAGUAGAGUCGUGAGGUCAGUCAGGAGCGAGGAGAGUUUUACGACUACAGUACGGCAGGAAACGGGAGACGAUGCAAGAGGGAGAAAGAGAAGCGGCGCCGAUAGGCUUCGAGAUACAUUUGGUUGCGGACCCGAAAAAUUUACUCCAGAGUUUCCUGCAAGAGCUGUCGAGAAUGAGGUCCAGCCCCCCGAUGUGGCUCCCGUGCCGAAGAAGUUCGGAAUGGCGUAUCUCGCCAGGAAAAUGCGGAACCCCCAGACAAUCUGGAAAAGGUCAAAGGAACAGUUGAGACAGGGGCAGGGAGAAGUUCAAGACGCAGGAAUAGCAGCAGAGGAAGAAACCAGAGAGCACAAUACCACGACACAGACACAAAACAGAGACCAAACGCCCGAGACGACUAUCCCAGAACCCAAAAACGAAGACACGACGAACGAAAACAAUCAAACCACGACCACUCACCCAGUUCAACCUCCAAACAAACUACAGCAUACACCCGAACCCACCCCGCGAACAUCUCCAAUAACUCCACCUCCACCUCCCCUAUCCACAUCCACAUCCACAUCCACACCCGUAACCCCCACCGCCGCCACUCCCCGCUCACCCUCACCCUCACCAAACCUAAAUCUAUCAAUCCCAAAGACCCGCUCAUCCUCACAACUCCCCCACUCCCACCCAUCCUCCCACCAACGCCGCUCCGCCUCCGCCUCAGCCUCUGGCUCUUCCCCCUCAAGCCUCAGCGACCGCCUACGCACCACACGCCUCGAAGACCUUCGCCUACGCUCCGAAACAGCGCAGGAGAUACGGAAUUUAAUGUUGGAUAUUGAUCGGGAUAGGAAGGGGAGUAUGACUUUUCCCCCCGUUAAUACUACUAGCACGUCGAACUCUACUGCUGCUGCUACGGCUACGCAGAGAAUAACUGCCACUCAGAGUGUAGCGACAACACCAGAACUCCCCGGAGGCUUCACAGUAGCGGAUUCGCCGGGAAGUGGGGUUAGAGGGGCGUUGGAGAGGCAUUUUCGCGUUAGGAGAGAGAGCCAGGAUGGUGAUGCUGCGCGGAAUGAGCUAAGGUCCCAGGCCAGUACUGCGACGUUGCCGAGGAGUUAUCGGGCCCCGGAGGUACAUGAGUGA